GACCCAUUGGGAGGAAAAAGGAGAAAAACCCCAAAUUUUUUCUUCCCCUCUUUGCAAUCUCCACAGAGCAGAUUUAUGGAUAACGGAUGCAAAUUUGGUUCACUGCAACUGGAUUUCGUCGCAAAUUCCUUCCAACAACAAGUGUUUGGUUUUGUCGUUCCAUCGCUUUUUCAACCCUUGUAUAGAUUCAUUCCUUGGUUACGGUUUCUGGGUUUUGGUCUUCCCAAAUAGCAUUGAAGCUACCUUCUUUAUUGUGUUAUAUUCUGUGAACCCGUUUUGAUAAAUAAAAAGGUCUCCAGGUUGCGGCUUCCUGAGUUCUUCUGUAUAUGCAUCAGUCUUCAGAGAGAGGGAAAGCAUAGUGGUUUGUGCUCAAAUUAUGGUGUACGGACCAAGAUGACCGUUUCGGCCAGAUCUUCCCUUAAGAAGAUGUCGUGGGCUAGGGGUCAAUCAUCUGGUUGGGCAGCUUUUGAUCUCAAACAGAAAAAGAAGAACAAUCUUGAAUCUGAUGUUGACAAGGACCCUUUCCCACCUAUAGGCAUUUCUGAUUCUAUGCAACAUGGUGAUAAGUUAAUCAACAAGAACCAUGUCCCUGUGAAGCCUUUCUCUUCGGUACUUCUUCCUACUAAAAUUUUUCCACCUUUGAAAGAGGAUGGGAAUAUCGAAAAGGCAAUGUUAGGUUCUGAUUCUGGUGGAAAAUAUUGUGGUACUUCUGCUCAGGAAGAUGUUAAUUUAGCUAUCAAAAAGCUCAAAGAGCAACAUCUUUGGGCUGAAAAUAGCUUGAUAGAGGAUAUAUUGGCUGCUGUUAAUAAUAAUGUUGACAAGGCCUCAUCUUUAUUGGAAACAAUGGCCGUUGCCGUCAACUUCGAAGAAUGCAAAGUAUCCAGCGAUCCAAGACCAACAACUACUUCAGUUGAUAUUCCAUAUGAGAAAACUGAUGAAAGUCUUACUUUAGAAAAGGUCAAGGAUGAUAUUCCCUUCCAUUCUUAUCUUGUUGGUAAUCUCAAAGAUAAUGAUAAAGACGUGGAGGAUAGAAAUGCUUCCUCAGGUCAUAAGCUUUAUGAUGUUGAUAGCCUGAGAUGCAAAAUGGAGCUCUUGAAUUCUGUUCCUGUUGAGCCUGAAUGGGAGGACGAUGAUAUUUACGUUAGCCAUCGAAAGGAUGCAUUGACGACAAUGAGGUCAGCGUCUCGACAUUCUAGGGCAGCCAAUAGUGCUUUUCUAAGAGGUGAUCAUUUUUCUGCUGAACAACAUUCAAUGAAAGCUCGGGAGGAAUGGUAUUCUGCCGAAGAACUUAAUUCUAAGGCAGCCACAAAAAUUUUAAGUAUCAGGAACAGUGAAAAUGAUAUAUGGAGGCUGGAUUUGCAUGGUCUUCAUGCAGCAGAAGCUAUUCAAGCAUUGCAAAAGCAUCUCCAUAAAAUUGAAAGUCAAGGCUUCUCAAAGAGAUCAGCCACUUUGAAUGGUGUGAAGGAGAAUGAGCUUGCACAUUCAACUCUGGGAUCUCUUAAUUUCAAGGACAGGGAAAUUUUGGAUAAACAAGCACCAUUAAGGCUUAGAUCAUUAGCUUUGCAUGUCAUAACAGGCAUUGGCAACCACAGCCGAGGACAAGCUGCACUUCCUAUAGCUGUGAGAAGUUUCCUUAAUGAAAACAGAUACCGAUUUGAGGAGAUGAGACCAGGAGUAAUCACAGUGUGGCCCAAGUUUCGUCAAAGUUGAUUGCUGACCCUCUCCUCCCCAAAAUUAUACACAUGUUCUUGUUCCUUUGAUUAUUCUCGUGGGGAUCAAAUAACUUGAAGUUUGUAUACUUAAAGUCUCUGUAUAAAUCUUAAGGAAUGCUUACCACUUUAUACUUAUAUAUGUCACCUCAAGGGGCUCACAAAACUGAGCAAAAGAAGGAUUGCAUGGAAGACAACUCACAAGUAGUGAAUGGAUUUUAAAUUCUCCAAAAGAAUGUUGAUCAGAUGCUUUGUUAUUAUCAUGGUUAUAUUUAUAGCCAAAGUGAGAUAAAUUAAGUGUUUGUAGUAAUUUGAAAGCAUUUAAUCUUGAAACUUUCUAUUGUUUUUAUGUGUUGCUGGCUAAUUGU